AGUUUUGUAAAAGACCAAUUAAUUCAUGUAGAGAAAUUAUUUGAUCGAAGAAGAAAGAAGAAUAAAAAUAAGAGAAGGUGGAAAAAAUGUCGUCGUCUUACUAUGGCACGACGCAGAAAUGCCACACUUGUGAAAAAGUGGUGCAUUUUGCAGAAAUGGUUUCCGCUGAUGGAAUUCCUUAUCACAAGAAUUGUUUCAAAUGCGACCAUUGCAACGGCCGUCUUGCUAUAAGCAACUACUCUACCGUGGAUGGGAAGCUCUACUGCAAGCCUCACUUUGAACAACUCUUCAGGGAAACGGGCAGCUUCACUACUAAGAAGUUCCAAUCAAGCUUAAGUGGGAAAUAUGCAGAACUGAGCAGGACUCCUAGUAAAGUGUCAACCAUGUUUUCCGGCACUUUAGACAAAUGUGCAGUGUGUAAAAAAACUGUGUACCCACUGGAGAAGGUGACGGUGGAGGGAGAAUUCUACCACAAGCAAUGCUUUAGGUGCGCUCAUGGAGGGUGCAACCUAACGACGUCGUCGUACGCGGCCCUCGACGGCAUCCUCUACUGCAAGCCUCACUUUGCUCAGCUCUUCAAGGAGAAGGGCAGCUACUCGCAUCUCACUAAGACUACUUCUCUCAAGAAAAACGCUCUCCCGGCAGACCUCGAUUUGGGCGACCCGCCCGCCGAUAAACAACCCGACGCCCCGCCUCCGGCUGAUGAGCCUGCUGCAGAAGAGACAUAGACACACACACACUCCUCUCUUCUAGAUUAUCUCUAUUUUUAUCUUACUUUUUCGUAAAAUGGUACGUACAUAUAUAAAUGAGUGUUGUGCUUGUUUUUUUCCAUAUAUCAUGUAGAAUUAAAUUUAAUUAAUGUGGACUCCGAGGAUGUUUUGCUUA